UUGAUGUAUCAAAAUACCAUAUGAACUGACAUCUGCCAUAUGAAGUGACAUCCAGGUAUUUUGAGACAUCAAAUUAGGAUGUCCAACUCGGAAUACUUAUCUUGAACUUAAAGAGAGCAUUGUCUGAUAAGUGAUUGCUUCUAAUUAUGAUGAAAUACGCAGUGAUUAACAAGAGUCACCAUCACAACCACAUGGCAGAUAUUGCAGAGAUGGAUAUGGUGUCUGAUGAUGCAUACUCUUAUAGGAAUUGGGAGCAGCCCAUCUACUCCACGAAGGCUCAUGUCUUUCAGAUCGACCCCAAGACAAAGAAAAGCUGGCUGCAGUCUACCCAGCUCGCCAUCCCCGUGUCAUAUUUCUAUGACAACAGUCGACAAACAUACCGCAUUAUUAGUGUAGAUGGCUCAAAGGCUGUGAUAAAUAGUACAAUAACUCCAAACAUGACGUUUACCAAGACAUCUCAGAAGUUUGGGCAAUGGUCAGAUCCCAGGGCUAACACAGUUUAUGGACUGGGAUUUACUACUGAAGCAGAUCUGUUAAAGUUUAUUGAGAAGUUUAACGAGAUCAAAGAGCUGAGUAAACAGGUCGUGAAAAAUGGAGGGGGUCAGCAGGUGAAUGGGUCAGACAGCCCCAGGGUCAAUGGACCAAGCACUCCCACACCAGGCACCCCCAACCCAGGGACACCCAACCCUGGCACCCCAACUAAAGCCCCUGGAACACCAAUACUGAAUGAGGCUGGUCCUCUAGAAAGACAAAAUUCCGGCCAAAGUGUAAUGUCCAGCCAGUCAGAGGCUCAACUCAAGUAUGAGAAUGACAGACUCAAGAUUGCCCUUGCUCAAAGCUCAGCAAAUGCCAAGAAAUGGGAUGUAGAGCUGCAAACCUUGAAGAAUAACAAUGCACGUCUAACAACUGCUCUACAAGAGAGUACAUCCAACGUGGAGGAGUGGAAAAAACAAUUAGCUGCAUACAAGGAAGAGAGCACGAGGCUGAAACAAAAGAUUCUAGAGAUGGAGAAAGGGGGAACUGCAAGUGGUGAAAAGACGGAGGGAUUACAACGACAAGUUGGGGAUCUGUCAUCUCGACUUGGAAACCUAGAUUUAGACAAUAAGAAAAAAGAAGAGGAGAUUCAGGAGUUGAAGGAGAAAGUUGGUAAACUAGGAAUUCUUGAGAAUGAGAUAACAACCCUCAAGGACACUAUACAGCAAUUACAGGGGCAAAACGAAUCUCUCAAGUCUCAGGUCUCGAACUAUGAACAUGAACUUCAAAUAUUACGCUCGGACCAAUCCAAAGAACGUCAGGAUCUAUUAGGCCUCCAGGAACAACUUGGCAAUAAACUAACAGAAAUGUAUGAACUGCACGAUCAAAUCUCCGCCACUUUGCAAACCUGACUCAUGUGAAUACUGUACAGACAGAGCUUUCCCACCAAUUUGAAAAAUCGCAAAUAUUUUUCUACAUAGAUCUGUGUUUGUGUGUGUGUAACCACAAAAUGUAACAAUACCGUAACCAUGGAAACCAUUUCAAUGAUUCAUAUUUGUGUGUCAAAUAUUUUCUUUUGUUUACUUAAAAUAUUUACAGAACAUCUUGUGUAAGUUCAUGUCAUGUAUUCAAAUUGUUAAAAUGCAAACUUUUCCACAUUUGAAAUAACACCCCUUACCCUGAGAUCAUAGUCUAGUUAUAAACUACCAA